AUGACAAAACUGUUGGCAACUACAGCUCUGUUUGUUGGAUGUGUAUUCGAACUAUUACUGCUUCUCACAGCCGAAGCAGCACCCGUUGUCCAGAGCUCAUCAAUCAGCCUUCCACUACGAAAGAAGACGAGAUUACUAAGUACGCCAGAACGACAUUAUCGUGUUCUGGCCAAGUAUGGCGCGUCAUCAGCAUCAAAUCAAACAAGUGCUCGUGGCAGAGUCCAUUUGAAAAGCGUCAAUGUUGACGUUGAGUACGUUGGCGUUAUCCAAAUCGGCACACCACCUCAAUCGUUUGAGAUGGAUUUCGAUACAGGCAGUUCAGAUAUUUGGGUUCCUAGCAAAGAGUGCGAACGAUGCGGUAACCACCCUUUGUUUUCCGAUUUCAAGUCGUCCACGUUUAAACCUGCCAAUGAAACUUCUUCGUCGAGCAGCAACAGCAAUGACACUACUACUGCUACUACUGGUACAGGAAACGGUACAGACAACAGUGGUAGCGAUGAUGGCACAUGGACUUUGCAAUAUGGCGACGGAUCAGCUGUCCAAGGUAUCAAGGGUUAUGACACUUUGACUGUUGGUAAUUUGACUGCCAAAAAUCAGCUGUUUGGCUUGGCUAGCAAGGUAUCUUCCCAAUUUGCUUCAGAUCCUGAGCUGGAUGGCAUUUUCGGUCUUGGAUUUGCCAAGCUAUCUUUGACGGGAGCCAAAAAAUCGUUUGUCGAGAACCUAAAGGAUCAAGGCGUGAUUAAGGAAGCUGUUGUUUCGUUCCAUUUGGGUGAAUCCGACAAAGGCGGUCAAUUGCUAAUUGGGGGCACCAAUCCCGAUCUGUAUGAGGGAGACUUGACGUUCGUCGAAGUCACCAACGACCGUUAUUGGGAAGUACCUUUUGGCGGUAUCAAGGUUGGCAACCGCACCAUCAUGUCUGGCGGCGGUGGAAUAAGCGUAGGAUCAAACAGCAGCAUGACCGCUAUCAUUGAUACGGGCACCACGUUAAUUGUCGUACCGCCCUCCAUGUCGCGUUCAAUCCAUAUGGCUAUCCCUGGUGCUGAAUACAACAGCACACUCGGUUGGCAAGUGCCUUGUGCUCGAGGUGCCAAACAAGCAAACAACAGUACGAAAACCAAUGACGGUAUCACGGCUCAUCAGGACCAAGAAGAAUUGAUUGCUUUCCGCUUCGGUAACCAAGAGUUCCCUAUUGCAUACAGCAAUCUGAUCCGCGAAAAGGUCAACCCUGGCAAUGAAACUCUAUGCUAUUCCGGUAUCGCAGAAGCUCCAGUCCCAAUGGUUAUCAUGGGCGAUACAUUUUUGCGAAGCUAUUAUUCCGUCUUUGACUUUGAAAAAAAGCGCGUAGGCUUUGCGAAAUCAAAAUAA